AUGGCUCUUUCCCUGAGUCGAACAGUGUUUCUCUUCUCCGCUGUCGUUAGUCUGGCCACUGUUCAUGGCGACACGCCAGCCAACUGCACGUACGAAGACGCGCGGGGGACGUGGCUGUUCUACUUGGGCCCUACAGGCUUCAACAGCACGGUCGACUGCUCCAAGCCUUUCGACGUAAAGAGGACGAUUCGCGUGGAGCUGCUCUACCCAGACGUGGCUCAGGACGAGUUCGGGAAUCAGGGCUUCUGGACGCUCAUCUACAACCAGGGCUUCGAGGUGGUGGUCGGUACCCACAAGUACUUUGCCUUCUCCAACUACACCAGUGUCAACAAGACUGUGAUCAACCACUGCAGCUCUACGACGCCUGGAUGGUCCCACGACCUCAUGUCUCGAAACUGGGCCUGCUACUUCGGCGAGAAAAUUACCACCGUAUCCAGCAAGAAAGUUUACAUUCCGCUAGAAGAAAAGUUGGACCUGCAGAGAAAGUACGUCCCGAACGAGGUGUUUGUGUCCAAGAUCAACAGCGUCCAGAGCCUGUGGGAGGCGACCCACUACCCCGAGAUGUACGGCUGGACUCUGGGAGACCUGCAGAGGAGAGCCGGAGGCAUCCCACAGACGGCGACCCCACGACCUCCGACUGCUGCCGUGUCAGAGGAGCUCCGACUGGCCGCCAGCCAACUCCCCAACUCCUUUGACUGGAGGGACCGUGACAGAGAGGACUUUGUCUCCCCCAUCAGGAACCAGGGCCAGUGUGGGAGCUGCUAUGCCUUUGCCUCCAUGGCCAUGAUGGAGUCUCGGCUGCGUGUCCUCACCAACAACUCCCUGCAGGUGGUCCUCUCCCCACAGGACGUCGUCGGCUGCUCUGAGUACUCCCAGGGCUGCGAGGGGGGAUUCCCCUACCUCAUCGCCGGCAAGUACGCCCAGGACUUUGGAGCUGUGGAAGAGUCUUGUUUCCCUUACCUUGGAGUCGAUUCGGCUUGCAACGAGAAAAAGGAUUGUAUGCGCUAUUAUGCCACCAAUUACUACUAUGUUGGUGGUUACUACGGGGCUUGUAGUGAGCCACUUAUGCGACUGGAGCUUGUAAACAACGGACCUGUUGCAGUUGGCUUUGAGGUAUUGAACGACUUCUUGAACUACAAGGGUGGAAUCUAUAGGCACACCGGGCUUACCGACAAGUUCAACCCCUGGGUGAUUACCAAUCAUGCCGUCUUGGUGGUGGGGUACGGAAGCGACCAAGCAGUAUGCCCACUUUUUCCGUUUCGAGGAAAUUUUCUGUGA